AUGGAUGAUUUAUGGGAGCCGGUUGAAUUAACCAAAGUAGAGGUUCCAGCUCAUGACAGUAGGAAUAAGUUCAAGAUAGUUUUCACAACUCGCUCCGAGGAGGUAUGUGGUCAUAUGGAUGCCCAGAAGAAGAUUAAGGUGGGGUGUUUGACUUGGGACAAAGCAUGGAACUUGUUUCAGGAGAAAGUUGGGAAAGAAACACUUCUUCUUCAUCCAGAUAUCCCCAAGCUUGCUGAAAUUGUGGCGAACGAGUGUGGCGGUUUGCCACUGGCACUCAUCACAGUGGGCAGGGUCAUGGCCUGCAAGAAAACACCCCAAGAGUGGAAGCAUGCAGUUCAAGUCCUGAGAAGAUUUGCCUCCGAGUUUUCAGGAAUGGGAGAUAAGAUUUUUAUACUUAAAGAUGACUUGGUAUAUUUUUGGAUGUGUGAGGAUAUAUUAGAUGAAUAUGGUAAUGUAGAGGAAGCCAAAAAUGAGAGUUACCAUAUCAUAGGAACUCUUCUUACCUCAUGUUUGUUGGAAGAUGAAGGAGAUUCAGUAAAAAUGCAUGAUGUAAUUCGGGACAUGGCAUUGUGGUUAGCUUGUGACCUUGGGAAAGAAGGCGAGAACAUCCUUGUGGAUACAGGUGCACCAAAUGUUGCGAAAUGGAAGAAUGCGAAAAGGGUUUCAUUGAUGAGUAGUGGUAUCACAUCUCUAGAUGAAACACCAAGAUCUCCCAAUCUGUUGACCUUAUUUCUCAGAGGAAGUUCUUUAAAGAGGAUUGUGGAUGACUUCUUUGAUUUCAUGCCUACGCUACGAGUUCUGGAUUUGUCUGAAAAUUUCCUUAUAACUCAACUGCCAACUGGAGUUUGCAAAUCUAGUUUCAUUACAACAUCUGAAUUUGUCCAAUACAGUCAUAAAAUGGUUGUCGGUGGAGUUAGCAGCAUGUGCACGCCUAAAAAAAUCCUUAUAGCUGGAUUUCCAAUGCUCACUAGGCUGCCUCUCAACUCUAGCAGUGCUCAAACAAGUAAUCUCAUUAUUGAAGGAGAGGAAAAGUGGUGGAAUGGCUUAGAGUGGGAGAACCAAGCAGCUCGAAAUGUUUUCUUCCCUGCUUCAGACCUGUAA